AUGAUAAAUCAAACUAGGAGAGAAUUUAUUCUUCUGGGAUUUUCGGAAGUUCGAGAGCUACAGAUUCUACAUUUUGUCUUAUUUUUAUGCAUCUAUCUAGCAGCUCUGAUGGGGAACUUUCUCAUCGUUGUGACUGUAACCCAGAACCAGAACCUGCACAGCCCCAUGUAUUUCUUCCUUUGCAACGUAUCCAUUCUAGAUGCCUGCUUCAUUUCAAUCACUGUUCCUAAAUCUCUGGCCAAUUUGUUGAUGCAUGAAAGGCGGAUUUCAUUUUCUGGAUGCAUAAUGCAGGUUUUCCUGAUAGUUAAAUUUGCAAGUGCAGAGCUUUACCUGCUGACUAUCAUGGCUUAUGACCGCUACAUCGCCAUCUGCCAUCCCCUACAGUACGCUGUGAUCAUGAACUGGGAUGCUUGUUUUCAAAUGGCAGCUGCUGCUUGGAUCACAAGUUUAAUCAGUGGAUUGGUGAACACUGCAAACACAUUUAGGCUACAUUUCUGCAGGUCCAAUGUCAUCAAACUUUUUUUUUGUGAUAUCCCUCAGUUAUUAAUGUUAUCUUGCACUGAUACAAAGGCCAAUACUUGGCUGAUUACCAUCAUUUCAGUUACUGCGGGCUCCUUUUGUUUUUCCUUCGUGAUGGUUUCCUAUGGUUACAUUUUCGCCACAGUGUUCAAGAUUCAGUCAGCUCAGGCACGGCAUAAAGCCUUCUCCACCUGCAUGCCACACCUGAUUGUAUUUUGCCUGUUUCUUAGUACUGCCAUGUUUUCAUACAUGAGACCAAAAGCCUUGUCCUCUCCACCAGUGGAUUUGCUCGCUGCUGUUUUGUAUACAGUUUUACCACCACUGAUGAAUCCCAUCAUCUAUUGUUUGAGAAACAAAGAGAUCAGAAAGACUGUGUGGAAAAUGGCCAAGAAAAGGUUUGGAUUUCGCAUGGCCCUCCCACUGAGUUUUGCAAAAUAG